AUGGCUUCCACCACUGCCCCUCAAGCUUCAUAUUCUCUCUUACUCAAGACCCAAAAUGAUAGUCGCCACCAGAGGGAAAAAUAUCUGUUCAUGAGAAAAGGCAAAUCAUGUAGAACAGGCAAUAGAGGAAGUGCUUCAGUUGUUUAUGCAGCGCAAGAAGGACCAGGUAAGCGCCAAAGAGCACCACCAGGGGUGGAUACAAGAAUUCAUUGGGAGAACGAAGAUGAAGGGUGGGUUGGAGGAAGUAGUACUAGUUCACAGCAGAGAGAGCAAGCAGAGGAUGAGCAGAAGGAUCUGCUGGGAAAGAAGUUCGCUGAUUUGCUCGAUGAUUCUUAUGAUUCUCAUUACCAGUUCUUAGGUAUAUCAGCAGAUGCUGAUAUGGAGGAGAUUAAAGCCGCAUACAGGAGGCUAUCAAAGGAGUAUCAUCCAGACACAACUUCACUUCCCCUAAAGACAGCUUCAGACAAGUUCAUGAAACUCAGAGAAGUUUAUGAUGUCUUAAGCAACGAAGAGAAACGCAAAUUUUAUGAUUGGACACUGGCUCAAGAGACUGUAAGCCGACAAGCAGAGAAAAUGAAAAUGAGACUGGAAGAUCCUUAUGAACAAGAUAUAAACAGGUAUGAAUCUGUCCCGGACACGGUCGAUCGUCUUGGUGGAAGAAACAUGGGUCUGAGUGAUCAAGCAAUAAAUCAUGCCCAUAAAGAGAUCGUUGUUCAUGACAAUUCACCCACAUCAUUCCUACUCGAUUCGUAG